AUUUUUCCCAAACCGGAAGUGCAAUUUUUUUGCAGUCGACAAAGUUUCGAAAAGACUAUUCUAGCGCUAAUUUAGACUUCUGUAUCGAAGAUUGAAUAAGAGAGCAUAGAGAAUCUGAAAUAACACAAGAAACUUCAAACGAACUGUCUGAGAUGAUUUGGAUGAAGGGGAAUGGUUUGAUUGAUUAUCUUAAGUAUUAAAACAAACAGCAUUCCUUAUGUCAUUUCUGUGCAUGCGAUGGACGUGAAUUGUGCUUGUACCAAAUCUCACACUCAUGAUUCUCCAGCUAAUGCACCUUAUUCUAGAAAACCUCAUCCUCUGAAAUCAACAAACAAAGAUGACCUUGACAGUAAUGGAGAUGUGGGAAGAAUGAUGGAAUAUGUUGCUGAUCCAUCAUUAUAUGAAUUAUAUACAGUUAUAGGUAAAGGUUGUGAUGAAGCCAUUACAAUUACAUUUACGCGGUACACACCCACAGGAGAAAUUGUAGCAGUGAAGCGGGUAGACUUGGAUCAUUAUCCUCAUGAUGUUUCAGUAUUACAAAAUGAGAUAAUCCUGUCCAGACAGCUAUACCAUGAAAAUGUUCUACCAACUAGAGCAACAUUUGUUACCAAUAAUGAAAUAUGGUCAAUCUUGCCAAUCAUGGCAUACGGAUCUUGUAAAGAUUUACUCCAUGCCUAUUUUGGAAAUGGGUUAUCUGAGUUAGCAGUAGCCUAUAUAAUGAGAGAUGUAAUCCAAGGUAUAGAAUAUUUACACAGCAAAGGUAUUAUACAUAGGGGCAUUAAAGCUAGUCAUAUUCUCCUGUCAGCAGAUGGACGUGUGUCGUUGACAGGAAUACGUAAUGCAUAUAGUAUGAUAAGGAAUGGACAUCGACUCAGGACAGUGCAUGAGUACCCAAUCACAUGUGUGUCCAUGUUGAAAUGGUUCAGUCCAGAAAUUUUAGCACAGAAUUUAACGGGGUAUGAUACCAAAUCAGAUAUCUACAGUAUUGGUAUAACAGCGUGUGAGUUAGCCAAUGGUGCAGAACCGUUUGCAGACAUGCAGUUAACUCAGAUGUUACUGGAAAAGAUGCAUGGAACAAAGCCUGUUCUUAUAGAUUGUACAACUAUAGCUGAUUUAGUUGGUGAUGAUGAUAAUGCAACGCAAGUUGCUCAAGAUUCUGGAAUAGACGUAGACACAGCCAAAAGUCGAGCUGAAGUUGUAGAUAUUGCCAGUCGUAGGAAAUUCUCUCAACACUUCCAUAACUUUGUUGAUGUUUGCUUAGAGAAAGAUCCUACUGAUAGGCCAACUGCAUCAUCACUAUUAAACCAUUCAUUUUUCAAACAUUUGAAGAAAAGGUCAUGUGAUUUUUUGCCAACAUUAGUUCAACCUGUUCAGCCAUUGAGAGCAGACAUGUUACAAUCAGCCACACCUUCUCCAGAAGAUGAACUUGUAGCUGAUCUUCAAAAUAUUAAUGUUGAUGAUUGGGAAUUUUGAUGAAAGUUGCUUAGUUUUUGUAGAGGACAUUAGAAAAUUGAUGUAAAUUAGACGGAAUGUUAGUAAGGAUGAACUAAAGGAUACCAGAUAUGUGCUGUUGAUGUGAAUGUUAAUAAGGAUGAACUAAAAGAUACCAGAUAUGUCCUAUUGAUUUGCACUGUUAAUCAUUGUUACUUAUUAUCUGGAGGACAAAACUGUUUAAAUAAAGUAUAUCUUUUAACAACUGUAUUUUGAAGUAUUCACAAACUCAAUUGCAAAUUAAAAUUGAGGUUAAAUGAAGGAUAUUCCGUUUGAAGGUCAACAAUAACCAUGUCUUCAGUGAAAUCCAUCUUGACGGCUAUAAAUAUAAGCAAAAAAGUUAGUUAGACUGCAGAAAGUGAAGUGAGGGACUUAGUCUGAAAAUGAUUGAGAAUGGAGGGUGUAGUUUUGUUAGGUGUAUUUAUUGCAAGGGAUAUAUCAUUUUUUCUCAGAAUAAGUUUUAAUUUAAAUUUUUGCAACUUAUUGGAUUUAAAAAAUAAAAGAGUUGACAUUGCCAAGUUAAAUGGAUAUCCCAAUAUUAGAAUAACAUAUCAUGUCUUUUACUGGUCCCUAAAACUGGGCCAUAAUGUAUGACAAUAUUUUGGUUCAUCUUGCAAUGAAUAUUUUGAAAAAUUCUAAAUUCCGAACCACUGCAAUUUUAAAUUAACAAAUAAACUUUUCUAAAUUUUAGAUUAAUUUCGGUUUGAUUUUCUCUAACAUUCAUUGAAAAUAUGAAUCAAAAUAUAUUAUGUAUAUGUACAAUUGUAGAAUAUGUAAAUAAAUAGAAAAUGUUAAAAGUAAGUAUGUUAUCUGAAUUUCUUCAAUAGUCAGUUAAAUGAGAAAAUUGUUCUGUGAUAUACUUUGUAUAGGAAUAUAAGAAGAUGUGAUAGUUAAUCUGUUUAAAAUCAACUGUUUGUUAGGCAAUGAUUGAUAGAAAGAAAAUUCUUGAAACUACAUUUGUAUACAAUCCCCCUUUCCAGCAGUUUUCCAUUUCAAUGAAGCAAGACAUAUAAAAGUAAGAAGAUGUUUAUGAUUGCCAAUAAACUCUCAACAAGAGACCAAAAGUAAUUUACAACUGUCAAUGUACAGCCUUCAACAAUGGGUAAAAUCAUUACUGCUCCAUGUGUUUACCUAUUUUGAAAAUGUUAACCUUAUGUACUAUGACAAGAGACCAAAAGACAAAGUAUUUACAACUAAAAGUCAAUGUACAGUAUUCAAAUACAGGUCAAAACCCAUGCUACUUGUUUAUUUUACCUAUUUUGAAAAUUUUAAUCUUAUGUACAAUGUCUAAUGUGAUUUAAAUAUAAAAUGUAUACUGUAAAUUUGAACCAAACAAACAGCUGAUUUUAAUAUAAUUUUAUGAUUGUAUGUAUAAAUUUUUGAUUUCGACAUGUUUUGUUUACUGUAAAGUUUAAGAAUGAGGUAUAUUGUUCAUAGCAGUAAGGAUAAAAGUAGAAGACAUUUGCUUCAUAACUAAUUAUAUUAAAUUUUUUGAUGAUGACUUAGUAGAACACAUUUUGAAUAUUUUUUAAAUAUAUUUACAAACCAUGGAUAUUUUUUACUCCCCUCUAAGAAGAGGUGUUUCAAAGGUGUAAUUUCCAAAUAGAAAAAAACUUGGGAAGCACCCAUCAUAAUCUAUAUAAUUGUCUCUUAUGUUCCUCUAAACAGUUAAGGGUAUAUUGGAAUAUUUUACUUAUUUCUAGGAUUUCAAAGAAUAAAUAUAACCAAAGCUAUGACACAAAAUUAUCACACUUUAUCAACUAUCACUAAAUAUCAAAUGAGGUUAAUUUUCGUAGACUCAACAUUUGUUUUUUCUGAAUUGUCCCAAAAUAUUUUGUUGAAUUAAAUAUUGCAAUACAUAAACUAUAGAUUUAUAUCAGCUCAAAGUUAUUUACAGAAAUAAUACAACAUUUUGAUUUUGUAUUAAUUUUCAUUGGUAUGUUUUGAUCACCAGUUAUUUAAGUUUGUGUUAGUUUCUCAUUUGUUUUGUUUCUGUAGUUUAACAUAUCCUAGUUAUUUGCAUUUAUAUUGUUUAUUAUGUAUAUUAUCAUUGAAGGGUUUUAAAAUUAUUACAAAACAUGUUUAUAUUCUUUUCAUAUGUGACAGACUAUAUAUAUGUUAGUUUUUAUGCCCCACUUAUGCCCCACCUACGAUAGAAGAGGGGCAUUAUGUUUUCUGGUCUGUGCCUCCGUUUUUCCAUUCGUUAGUUCGUCUGUUUGUUCGUCCCACUUCAGGUUAAAGUUUUUGGUCAAGGUAGUUUUUGAUGAAGUUGAAGUCCAAUCCACUUGAAACUUAGUACACAUGUUCCCCAUGAAAUUAUCUUUCUAAUUUUAAUGCCAAAUUAUAGUUUUGACCCCAAUUUCAUGGUCAACUGAACAUAGAAUAUGAAAGUGCGAAGUUCAGGUUAAAGUUUUUGGUCAAGGUAGUUUUUGAUGAAGUUAAAGUCACAUCUACUUGAAGAAACUUAGUACACAUGUUCCCUAUGAUAUGAUCUUUCUAAUUUUAAUUCCAAAUUAAAAUUUUGAUCCCAAUUUCACGGUCUACUGAACAUGGAAAAUUAUAGUGCGAGUGGGGCAUCCGUGUACUAUGGACACAUUCUUGUUUAAAACCUUUUUUGUGCAACAAUGAAACAUUUUGAAUAGCUUGCAACAAAAGUCCCUAAUUCUAUAAAGGAUUCUUUUUUUGGUACCAUAUUUUAUUAAGGAUUAUCAUGUAAUAUUAAUAUUAGUAUGGUAAAUUGUCUUAACUGCAUGUAGUAUCAUUUGAAAGUUUUUGCACAAAGGAUGAUACAUCUUGAAAAUAGCUAUUUGCGCAAAAGGACUUCUGCCAAAUAAAUAUAGAAUAAUAGGUAGUUUCGUUUUUGAUACUGACUAUAUCAUGUGGAAUAUCUAGACGAGCUUGUAAGGUCCAGUCAAGAUAUUCCAGAUGAUAUAGUCAGUAUCAAAAUCAAAACUACCUACUAUUCUUUUUAUCGGUAAUUAUGACGUCACACAAUGUAUUGCCUAAUUUUUUCAGUGAUACAGCCAGUACCUUGAUACUCGAAAAUAUUAGGCAGUAAAAUCAAAGGGAAAAUAUAUGAAUUACCGACAAGAUGUGAUAUGUUUGCAAAUAAAACACCUAUCCACCAAAAACUCAUUGAUAAUUGAUUAAAGGUAACUUCAAUAUUGUUCAUGAAAAAAUAUCUGUUCAAUUUUAAAAAUUCUCUUUUUCCAAAUGUUAUUUUUAUCUCAGAACUUCAAAAUGAGAAUUCUUCAUAAUUACUAUUGGCUAUUUCAAAAAUGUUUUUAAAAUGUUUCCAAAAUUUGAAAGAUUGGUAACAGAAAAGUUUUGCAUGUGAUCUUAUAACAAUUUGUUUGAAUUGAGUGCUGGAAAUUUAAGAUGGUGAUUUCAAUAUAUUAUUGUAUAUGUUACUACGGAAACAUUCGUUCAUUUGUUACUCUUUUGUUUGUUAGACUUUAAAACACAAAUUAUAUACAUAUGUAAAUAAAUAAAGUCUUGGCUUA